AUGGCUACGAGACAAUCGGCUUUCGACCUCUCCACAUGCGCGCGCAAGAAUAUCCUGAAAUUGCAGCCCUACCGUUGCGCAAGAGAUGACUACAAAGAUGACGGAACGAAUAUCCUCCUCGAUGCGAACGAGAAUGCCUACGGUCCGGGUCUGGCGCUGAACGACCAAGGGGCCCUCCAGGAGUCAGCGGUCAAUGGCGGCUCGACGGGGUCGUCGAAGCCGGAGAUUGACCUCCUGGGAUUGAACCGUUACCCAGAUCCCCACCAACACCCGCUUAAACAACUCUUCUGCAACCUCCGCAACACCCACACCCACACAGACAAGAACAUCGGCCCCGAGAACCUGUUCGUCGGUGUUGGCUCAGAUGAAGCCAUCGAUGCCCUUCUCCGCGCCUUUUGCGUCCCCGGCAAGGACAAGAUCCUCACCUGCCCCCCAACAUACGGCAUGUACUCCGUCAGCGCCGACGUCAAUGAUGUCGAAAUCGUCAAAGUCCCCCUAGAUACCGAAAACGGCUUCUCCCUGCAGCCCGAGAAGAUCAAUGCCGCGCUCGCCACAGACCCCACAAUCAAACUCGUCUACAUCUGCUCUCCCGGAAACCCAACGGCGAACUUGAUCGCCAAGUCCGACAUCCAAAAGGUCCUCGAACACCCGACAUGGAACGGCGUCGUCGUUGUCGACGAGGCAUACAUCGAUUUUGCGCCCGAAGGGUCCAGUCUCGCUGAGUGGGUCGCCGAAUGGCCCAACCUCGUUGUAAUGCAGACGCUCAGCAAGGCAUUUGGUCUGGCCGGUAUCAGAUUGGGCGUCGCAUUCACAAGCCCGCCCAUCGCAACCCUCCUCAACAGCCUAAAAGCUCCCUACAACAUCUCCAGCCCAACAAGCGCGCUCGCAACCGCCGCCCUCGGCAACCCAGCCAACCUUGAAGUCAUGCGCAACUACCGCGAGCGAAUCAUCACACAGCGCAACCGACUCCUCACUGAACUUCCCAAGAUCCCGGGUAUCGGGCGCUUCCGCGGCGGUACGGAGUCGAACUUCCUCCUCGUUGAAGUCCUCGAUAGGCCUGCGGACCAGGGCGGGAAGCCUAGCAACGUUGUCGCGCUGGCGGCGUACGAGGGUAUGGCUGAAAAGCGUGGCGUUGUGGUGCGGUUCCGCGGGAAGGAGCUUGGGUGUGAGGGCUGUCUGAGAAUAACGGUUGGCACAGAGGAGGAGGUUACGAGGUUCCUGGAGGAGAUCAAGCUUGUUCUUGGCGACAUACUUGGCGGGGGUGAAAUCGCGUCGAGAAAGUAA